CGUUGAUUGCAUACGUGUUUACGCACUCUAUAUCAAACUCUAACACUGGAUCGGCAGAAAGUGGGAACAUAUCAUAGAUAUCCCUAAAAGGAGGUAAAUUAAAGUGGAAAACCAACGUAAAUCUGUUGGCACUGCACUCACAACUGGCAACUGAGAACUUCUGAGAAACGCCCACUUUGGUAAUCUUGAUCUAUUUGAAGCCUAAGGACUAAGCUUCACCAUGGGUGGGGCUUUCACCAAACUACUUUCCAGUUUAUUUGGCAAGAAAGAGAUGAGAAUAUUGAUGGUUGGAUUGGAUGCUGCUGGAAAGACGACUAUCCUCUACAAACUCAAGCUUGGUGAAAUUGUCACAACCAUCCCAACAAUAGGUUUCAACGUAGAGACAGUGGAAUACAAGAACAUAAGCUUCACAGUGUGGGAUGUAGGUGGUCAAGACAAAAUCAGGCCACUGUGGAGGCAUUACUUCCAGAACACACAAGGUCUGAUAUUUGUUGUAGAUAGCAACGACAGAGAAAGAAUAGGUGAAGCACAUGAUGAGCUCAGUAGAAUGUUGAAUGAGGAUGAUUUAAAGGAUGCGGUACUGCUUAUCUUUGCAAACAAACAGGAUCUGCCCAAUGCUAUGUCUUCACAAGAGAUCCAAGAUAAGCUUAAUAUUCACCAUCUUCGUAACCGCCAAUAUUAUACCCAGGCAACCUGUGCCACUUCUGGAGAUGGACUCUACGAAGGAUUAGACUGGCUCUCCAACCAACUGUCAAAGAAAAAAUGAUGCCACUUUUUAUACGAAGUCGGCAAUCACACCAAGAAAAAGAUAUUUUCCUCUUUACUUCCCUGUACCUCCCAUUCUAAUCUUUACCUUAAUAUGUCCCUGUUUUUGUAAUUCUUUGUAAUGAUCUCUAGAGCUUGUGAAAUGUAUCAGCAAGUGUGUGUGUUCUUUCAGCCCCUAGUCCCUCCCCUCCUGAAACAGAAUUUCCAGUCUGUUCUUAGAUAAAAGCAGAAGGAUGCCUCAACGUAAAAACUUGAAAGCCUGUGGUCAUAUAAGACAAUCAAUAUACAUGCUUAACAGGACCAUUCAUGCAAAACAUGUUUAAAUGGUUUUGGAUACGAGGGACUGUUUAAUUAAAUAACUCUAGCAUCCUGUCAUGUGUCACAUGCACAGUACAUUG